AUGUUGAAGCAGCUUAGGUGUUCUACGCCCCCAGGUCGUAGUCGCUCUUUCCGAUUUUCAAUUAUUGCUCUGAUGCUUGGGGUUAUUUUAGCCGCCACGAUGUCUCAUGCUCUGAAUGACGUUUACGUCUUAACGCCCAAACAACAACUCCGUGCGUCAUCAGGUAUCAUCACCCAUCAUUCCCUUAACCCACCGUUCCUCCAGAAUUAUUAUGGUGAAAGUGAGCUCACUUUCUGGAAGUUUUCGGGCUCUACAGUCAUCACCGAUUCCUACAUCCGCCUGACCACCCACAACGCGGGUGAAGUCGGGCAUUUGUGGAACAAGGAGCCGGUCGACAUGGAUGCGUUUGAGAUCGUCCUUGGGUUUCGUGUGUUUUCGUCUGACGAAAGGAGACGUUUCGCUGAUGGCUUUGCGCUUUGGAUCACCAAAGACGAACCGGGGAGUGGUGGACCUAUUCUAGGCCAUCCCAUGUCCUUCGUUGGUGUCGGUAUUCUCUUUGACGAUUUUGAUAACGACGGGAGGAGGGAUAACCCUACAGUUGGUGUGCUGUACAAUGAAGACGAAAGGGACAGGAAUCGGCGGUACUCUCCGGAUCGAGACUUCCAGGGCGAGUACAAGGCCGCCUGCAACUUCGAUUACACUAAACUAUCUAGCUCAGAUUUUGCCACCGCACGAAUACGUUACAACAAGGGAAGUUUGCAGGUGUUCCUCUCUGUCAAUGACGAAAAAGAUGAACAUUUGUGUGCGAAUCUAAACAACAUCAAACUGAGCACCUCAAAGGAUCAUUAUUCAUUGGGUCUGACUGCACAAACAGGAAGUUUAAGUUGCAAUCAUGAUAUUGUAUUUUUGCAUGUCAGUCCUCUUUCAGGCACUGAGUACAGUACCGAUAUUCACAAAGCAUUCGGUCGAAAUGACAGAGUUCCAAGAUGGCAUCAAGACGGAAAUCCGCGGGUGCUACCAACAAAUCCACCGCAACCACAGCGGCAGCCCCCUCAACAACAGCCCCCUCAACAACAGCCCCCUCAACAACAGCCCCCUCAACAACAGCCUCCUCAAUACCAACAGCCCCCUCAGCAGCAGCAGCAGCCUCCUCAAUACCAACAGCCCCCUCAGCAACAGCAGCAAGUGAACCCGACUAGUACUAAACAGGGUGAUCCAGUCAACCCCAAUGCAGAGCGUCUGAAAGAACUCGAGCGCCAGUUGGAAGAGCUCCGUCGUGCUAACGCUGCGCAUUAA